AAUACAAGUUAGUUCGGUUUCCUUUUCCAUGAAACAUUUUAUUUUUCUGUAAAAAGAAGAAAAACAAUGGUGAUUGAUUUUGGAGGCGGUGGAUUUCUCUGUUAGAUAUGAUAGCUCUAUCUCAUCACAAGUGCCAACAAUGAAAUCAAGGAUGCUUUUGCUUUUUAUGUGUAAUGUAACUCUAAACACACCUUUACACAGCAAGAGUGCAAGAAACCCGGAAUUCUGUUUUCUGAAAACAUAAAAAUAAAAAAGAAACAACUUCUAUUUCUCCUACACUUACAACUCUUUUCAACCUACUACUCUCUAUUAGCUUCGUUUUCCCACAGUUUAUAGCUUUCACUGAUGACCUCAAAACAUUACCCUGCAACAGCAAGCCCAAGGAUAUUUAUGUGCCUGCCUGUGUUUUGUUGUUUCUCUUGUUUAAAAUUUAUUGUGUAGUGUAGGUUCUGCUGUAAUGGUAGUUGAAAUUUGCUAUUUUACCUUUAAUCUCUCCAUAAUAUAGCCAACUUGUUCAGAGGCAUUAAUGGCUUCUUCAGUUUCCUUAUUUGGGAUUCUUUUAGCUUUUUAAAAUGGCAUCAAACUUUCCUAAUUAAGUGUGGUUCUUUUCCUUUUUUUAAAUUAAAAUUUUGCAGGGAUUUGUAGACUAGGUUCUUGUUUGAAGGGCCGCGCCGUUUAUGUUUGUUGCUCGUGCACAGCGAAAUCCAGAUCUCGAGAGAGGGCUCAUUUGAAGAUAAUGCCAUCUGUGUUUUUUUGUUAUAUAAAGUUUUGUUUGUUUUAACUUUACUUUGUCCGCCAUUAUCGGUUGUGUUUGGUAAAGCUGCCAAAUGCUAUUCUUUGGAUUUUGGAGACCUCUCUCUAUUGGGUUGGAUGCAGAGCACUUAAAGAGUUUUUGUGAUUGAUAGGGUUGUUUUUAAUGUGCUAAAAGGUGGGAGAAUUGAUCUCUAAGAUGUUAAGGAAGCCACAAUCUCAGGAAGGUCGGUGCUGGUUUUGGCUUUUGUUUGUUGCUUUGCAUUGAAACCGAGGAAGAAAAUCACGGUCCGCGAAUUGAGGCUUUGCUGGGUUAUAUAAGUGAGAUUUGAGCAUGCUUGUUUGGUUGCAAUAGAGGAAGUGUUUAGUAGAAGUGGUUUUUGAUGUGGAAUAUUCGAUCUAACUACAGGACAUGCUGGGCUCUGAUGAGGGAGUAGGUGAUGUGUUCUUCGACUCUGUUGAUUAUUUGUCAUCUGAAGAGUCAGCUGUAGUGAAAGACGAAUUGAGAUGUGGGAAAUCUGAGUAUGAAAUUUGGAUGAAUGAACCUCAAAGUGUCGAGGAGAGACGCAGAAAUUUUUUAAGCAAAACUGGUCUAGUUAAGUUUGCUUCUCUGAAUGGGAUGAUUGGGUUGGAUAGGAUUACAGAAUGCAGUGGAGGUGUUCUGAGUUCUACUCAGGGAACUGGUGAAAUUUUGGAUUGUGAAAGAGAAAUGAAUUGUAAAGCCAAUUGUAUUGUGGAUGAAUCGGAGGUAGAUGAUAUGACUGAACAAAGUGUGGCUCUUGAAGCUAAAAGUACUGAACUUUCACCUUCUGUUGAUGAAUGUAAGCAAAGGAACAAUGAGUCUCAUUUAGAAGAAUGCAAGCACGUGAAUAAAAAGAAAGCAAAGAAAUGGUGGAAACGUCUUAUAAGUACGAGGAGGAGAAGACAAUAUUCAACUACACCUGAUGUGAAAAAAUCAAAUUCUGAGAAACCAAAAACGAAUAGGGUGAAGGUGAAGCAGAACAUGAAGAAGUGCAAGGAGUUUACAGCUCUUUACAUGGGACAAGAGAUUCAAGCGCACAAUGGCUAUAUCUGGACUAUGAAGUUUAGUCCAGAUGGGCAGUAUCUGGCGAGCGGUGGUGAAGAUGGAGUCGUGCGCGUUUGGCGUAUUACAUCAACAGAUUCCUCUUGCAAAUCUUUCAUUGAUGAAGACAAUUUUGAUAGCACAGUCGAAGAAAAGACCAUGUUUGGUCAAAAAAAGUAUAGCCAUGUGCCUGUUGUUGUACCUGAUAUGAUAUUCCAGAUAGAAGAGUUCUCACUGCAUGAAUUCUAUGGCCACACCAGUGAUGUUUUAGACCUGGCAUGGUCCGCUUCUAAUUAUCUUCUUUCAUGUUCGAUGGAUAAAACUGUUCGAUUGUGGCAAGUGGGAUGCGUAAAAUGCCUAAAUGUUUUCCAUCAUGGCGAUUAUGUGACAUGCAUUCAGUUCAAUCCCAUUGAUGACAGUUACUUCAUCAGUGGCUCGAUCGAUGGGAAAGUCCGGAUUUGGGGAGUCUCUGUAGAGCGUGUUCUUGAUUGGACUUAUGUAAGGGAUGUAAUAUCUGCCAUAUGUUACCAGCCAGAUGGAAAGGGCUUUGUAGUUGGAACAGUUAGAGGCACUUGCCGCUUCUAUGAAGCAUCGGGCAAUGAUCUCCAGUUGAAAGCAGAGGUACAUUUUCCGGAUAGAAAGAAAUCCUCUGGCAAGAAGAUCACUGGGAUUCAGUUCUCAAAGGAUGAAUCUCAAAAAAUUAUGAUAACCUCCGAAGACUCUAAACUUCGAAUCUUAGACGGGUUUAAUGUCAUUCAUAAAUUUAAAGGUCUUUCAAAGUCUGGAAGUCAGACGUCGGCUUCGUUUACUACAACUGGGAAACACAUAAUCUCAGUCGGAGAGGAUUGUCGCGUUUAUGUCUGGAGCUACGAGGAUUUAUGUAUCCCAUCGUCCAAACAGGCCAACUGUGUUGGUUCUUGCGAACAUUUUUUGGCAGAAGGUGUGUCAGUUGCAGUGCAAUGGCCAGGCAUGGGGACUCAACACACGAGUUUGAGUAGCGUUCAAGGUAGAUGGGAUAACCUGGAGGGUUCAUCCUGGAACAGAGAUAUGGAACGAUUCUCCUUUGGAAGUUGGUUCUCCAUAGACGGCGCAUGCAGGGGCUCCGCCACGUGGCCCGAAGAGAAACUUCCACUGUGGGGAACAGGAGAUGUAUAUUCUCAAAAUCAUCAUCUACAACAACAAUGGCGGUGUAAUCUCUACGAUCAUGCAGCAAUGUCAGAAACUUGGGGACUUGUCAUUGUAACAGCGGGAUGUGAUGGAAUGAUCAAGACCUUCCACAACUACGGACUGCCUGAACGGCUGUAAAAUGUUGCUGUCCAUGCCAAGUUUAUCCAUUUGUUUGUAUGUAUGUAUGUAUUUAGCAUGGUAUAAUUUUUUACUAGGUCAUAGGGCUUAAAAUUGAUUUGGUCUUGCUCAUGUUGAUGUGGACCAAUUGAUUUUUAAUCUAGCUAGUUUCAUUGUUCUUGUGAAUAAUACCUAGAGUUACGUAUUACAACAAGAAUGAAGAAAUACGAUU